UAAACAUAAGUAAAACUCCCUUUUCACUCUUCUCUUGAGAACAGAGCGAAGUUUGUUUCCAAUACAAGUCAUGGAUGGACAAAAUUUCAGCAGGAAUCUUUUUUUAUUUCUGUUUCUUUGUAAUGUAUGCCUUUAUUGUAUUACAACCGAAGUCUGCUCUAACAGCAUUCUCCCUGGAUCAAAAGGCGAUCCAGGUGGGGUGGGAGCAGAAGGUGAAGAAGGAAGAAUGGGGAAAACCGGCCCACCUGGCCAGCGAGGAGACCAGUUACCUUCUUCAUCUUCCAUAGGCCUGACUGUCGAAUAUGGAGAAAAAGGAGAGAUGGGAAGAAUAGGAAAGAUGGGCAAUAGUGGAAUGAAAGGUGACAAGGGACAAGAAGGAAUUAAUGGUCUCCCAGGAUUAAAAGGAAAACCUGGUACUACCUGUGACUGUGGGAGGUACAGAAAGGUUGUUGGACAGAUGGACAUCAAUAUAAGCAAACUGAAAAAUGCUGUCAAGUUUCUUAAGAACGUGGUUCUAGGUAUCAGGGAAACCAAGAACAUGUUUUACCUGCUGGUGACAGAGGCACGGAGGUAUCAAGAGUCACUUCUAAACUGCAAGUUGCGUGGGGGGUCCCUUGCUAUGCCCAGAACCACAGAGACAAACACCUUGCUUGCCGACUAUAUCAGAGAAGCUGAUCUUACUCAUGUGUUCAUAGGGCUACAAGUAGGAGUAACAGAAGUGGGGUACAUGUUUGUUGAUGGUAACCCCUUCUUGAAUACCACAGUCUGGUCUCUACAGAGCCCACACAGUGGUAAAGGUGACUGUGUGCAGCUUGGUAGUACUGGAGCCUGGAGCCAGGUAGAUUGUGGAGCCACACAGUACUACAUAUGUGAGUUUGUCAAAAACAAAAAUACUUCAGCAACUUUAGCCUUGUAAUGGUUUAAUGGCCACAGAGAAAGAGUUUUUAUUUUUAAAUAAUUAUUUUUAAUAGGCUAAGCUGAUGUAUGCGCAAAUAAAUUUACUGUAUUCAGAAUUUUUGUAAAAGUUUUAAUGUUUUUGAUUUUAUGAUUUAUCCACCAUUUUAUGAAUUAUCCACCACUAUUUUAAAUAAUUUAAAGUAAAUAAAAGAUAACAAGGGGCCUGUGGAUGUCUAUGCCA